AUGGACCUCACAACUUGGCUCACCUCUCUCAAACUGGAGGAAUAUGGCGCUCUGCUCGAGCACCAUGGCAUCACCUCGAUCCAUCAGCUCUCCAUCUUGACUGAGGAACAACUGAUUACCAUGGGCAUGGAUAAAAUUGGCCAUCGUCGUCGCCUCCUCAAAAAUGCCAAAGAACUGAUGGCCCCUUCGGUCCAGCCCGCUUCUACACAAGCUCAGCCCCCUGUCGUACCCACCAAAACCAAGGCUCCGCCACCCGUUCCCCCUAAAUCCCGAGGCCCCUCAACGUCCACAGAGCAAAACGAUAGCGAUUCCGCCCCUCCCCCACUGCCCCGCAAAGCUGGAUCCCUGCGCCCCACCCCAGCACUGGCGCAAGAGGAGAAAAAGCUUCAGCCCCGCUCCAAAUCGCCCAUCAUGCCUCCGAGUCGCCCCCCACCCCCUCGCGACUCCGCCCCCGUGCCCGUGUCUGCAGCCGCCACCGCUCCACCGGCCGUGCCCCGAAAAACUCGACCCAGCGACUCUUCAACUCGAGGCCCUGCUCUCUUGCCGCCCUCAAAUCGUGCUGCACCCCCCCCCUCACUUCACGCUACCCCAGUGCCCAAACCUUCGCGCCCACCCCCGCCGGCCGAGUCGGCCCCAGCACGCCCCUCCCCGCCUUCAGAUCCCGCCCCAGCUCGGCCCCAGCGCGAGGACUCUACUCGCAGUACCACCAGCACUACCAGUGGCAACGCAAGCACCCCCGCAACCCCGCUUUCACCCAAGGCACCCCCGCCCUUGCCCUCUCCCCCACCCCCAGGCCGCCCCCAGCCCCCGAAGCUCCCGACUCGCACCUCGGGUCCUGAUGUCCACCGCAACGAGUUUGCCGCUCCCUCGGACGAUGAUGAGGGCUCGUACAUCAUGUUGCCCCGCUUACCCUCCGAUGCCUCGCAAUUACGCCGGGUGUCGAUUGGACAACGUCGAGAGAGCUCUCUAUUGCCCUCCAGCAUGACGCGAGAACAAGCCGCUAUGCUCACCGAGCGCUCUGCUGCCGCACCUCGCACGUUGCAAAAACGCUCCAAGGUGGACUCACACGCCACCAAGGAAGGCUGGCUCUUGAAGCGCGGUGGUGCCACUGGCCGCAAGGGCUGGGAUCGACGGUAUUGCGUGUACAAAGAAGGCGUGCUGUCCUAUUUUGUCGGAGACAAAGAGACUCGCCCUCAAGGGUGCAUCGCCCUGACGGAAAUGAAGGCCAUUCGUCACGAUACUGGCCACAAGAAUCGUUUCGAACUCGAUACCUACGAGCGCACCUUCAUCUUCAAGGCCGAAUCUCCCGAGGAGAUGACGUCAUGGAUGAUGUUCUUGGGCUCGCAAAUCCAGCUCUUCAAGCCCAAACCGACCGCGGGAGGCAGCAUGGCCGACCCAGACAAGGAAGGGUACAUGCGGCACGCUUGCGGGGCCAUGGGCUGGGCACGUCGGUAUAUUGCUUUAAAAGACGGCCAACUCUGUCUCUACGAGACGUAUCAGGACUUCAAGGAUGAGAAUCCGGUGGACCGCAUCAAUACCAUGCUGAUUACAGUCAAGGUGCGCUCGCGAUCUGGCCGCAAAGCGCGCAACCAUCAGUUCAAGUUGGUGGAUAGCCAGCAACGGCACAUCGAGUUCCAAGCUGCAUCAGAUCAGGAGCUACGUGAUUGGACUCAGGCAAUACAAAACUCCAUUCUCUGGAGUCUCAACCAACUCGAUUCCGCUGCCACCUCCCACAAGAAGCAGACCAAGAGUGUGGUCGAUACGAUACGCCCCGACGAGGCAAUGAAAAUCAUUCGUGAAAACACCAGCAACCUGCGCUGUGCUGAUUGCAGCACGGCCAAUCCAGACUGGGCCUCAAUCAAUCUCGGUACCAUGGUCUGCAUUGAUUGUUCGGGCGUUCAUCGUAGCAUGGGCGUGCACAUUAGCAAGGUGCGGUCUGCCACGCUGGAUGAUUGGCCGCGCGAUUCUCUUGAGGUGAUGAAGGCCCUCGGUGUCAAACUGGCCAACACCAUUUGGGAAGGCAACUUGCCCGAGGGGGUCAAACCUAACAUGAAUAGCGACCGGCCCACCAAGGAGGAUUUCAUUCGGCGCAAAUAUGAAAAGCACGAAUUUGUCAAGUUUUGGCAUGAUCCGGCUCGGGACAUUAAUGAACAAUUGUGCGCGGCGGUUCAGCAAUCAGAACUGCUGGACACGGCCAUGUUACUAGCGGCCGGUGCCGAUCCCAAAGCACAGGAAGCCAAUACGGGCCACAGCGCUCUGUAUCUCGCUCGUCGUGCCAAGCGCUCGCUCCAAGCAGCACUGCUCUCGCUCAAUGGCGCCGUACUGAGUGCCGACGAACAGCAGAGCCUCAAUGCUAGCGUACAAAGCGCCUCCUCAACGGAUGGAAACGUCUUUGGACCUGGCGCUACUGACGAUGACGAUGAGGGCGAGGAUGUCGAUUUUCCUGCCCCAACACCCACCCAGUUUGAGGGGCCCCUGGCCUUGUUUGACAGUCGCAGCGCUACUCUGACCCCGUAUGAUGCCCUUUACGAGAUGGGCGUGCUGCGCCUCAGCCCUCAAGAGGCCUCCACGACCGGUGCAGGCACUCCCGAGGGCGCGCCCACGGCCAUGGAAAUUCCCUUGCAGUCGCUCAAGACGGCGCAGGCCACCACGGCCGCAGAUAUUCUGAACAGUUAUGGCCACGGGCAGGCACAGUCCGCCAACAAUGAAAACUUGCGUUCUGUCCUCGCAGCCGAGCAUGGCUACCUGUGUGUCACCACGCUGUCAAGUCGCCGCUUUGUGCUGCAAACGGAAACGCCAGAGCAGGCUCGUACCUGGGCCGAGUGUCUGCAGGCCAACAUUGACGCCAUUCCGCUGGGCGAUCGGGGAUUCGACUUUGAAAAUUGCAGCUUUGUGGGCCACCUGCAGAUUCAUCAAGAGGGUGUCGGCUACAAGCAGCGGUACUUUGCCUUGCAGGGCAAGGCUCUGUCCUACUUUCUUUCGCAAACAGACCCAAACCAGAACGAGAUUGACCUGUCAAACUUCUACGAUGUUGUCGCGGGUCUGGCGAGCAGAGGUGUGGACGGCAAGCUCGAGACGAGCAAGUCCCGGGUUGAUCUCACGCUGGUUGGUGUCCACGACUUGGUUGUACUGCGCGCCAAUACGGAGGAAGUGCGGGACGAGUGGUUCCGCCAUCUCAAGGCAACCCAAGUCUUUGGUGCGGAACUCGAGAGCAGCCCGACUCUGGUUCCGCGCGUGGUGGAUAUGUGUUGCUCCUUCAUUGAAACGCGUGGCCUCUUUGAGGAGGGCAUCUACCGCGUACCUGGCAACGCUGCCACCAUGCGCCGCCUCCGCCAGGCCUUUAACAUGGACGAUACGAGCGUGAAGCUGGAUCCGGCCAAAGUAUCGGCCACCGACGUGGCUGGCUUGUUAAAGCAGUACUUUCGCCAGCUGCCCGAGUCCCUUUUUCCUCGUGCACUUUACGACGGCUUUUUGGACACAAUGCGCAUUGCCGACCAUGAGCAACGGUUGUACAACCUAAAACACUACAUUGAACAGCUGCCCCCGGCCCAUUACCAGACCCUCCGUCGCCUGUGCGCUCAUCUGGCUGUGGUUGCGGAGCAUGCGGCCUCGAACAAGAUGACCACAACCAACUUGGCAGGGGUGUUUGCGCCCUCGCUCAUGCAUGUGCAAACUGACAACGAGGCACCACCGGGCGAUGUGGCGCUCAUGGCCAAGGAGUACAAGUGCUUGGAAGCAUGCAUCACCUACCACGAGUGGCUGUUCAACAUGGAGCAAAAGUCAGACCACGAUCUCAUGCUCAAAGCUGGGCGCCUCAAAAUCGAGGCUGCCAAGCAGGCGCAUGAGCAGGCACUUUCGACCAAAAAGGGUACCGGCAACCUGGCCGAAUUCAUUUUUGAGAUUGAGGACGAGAUCCACGAUACCUCUCACACCUUUCCCCUGAGCAGUGAGACGGUAGCAUCAGAGGUGCUGGCCACCCUGUGUGAGCGGCAAGGCAGCGAGGUGCAGCCUGGGUUAGCCGUCGUGGAGGUGGUCAAUGAGCUCGGCUUGAUGCGUCCGCUCGCGGCCUGGGAGUCGCUUUUUGCAGCCUCAGCUCGGUGGCGAGGACCCUUUCAUUUCAAAAUUCAGAACAACCCCUUUGACGCCAUUCUACACUCAGCCCUGGGUGCUCAGAGCCCUUCGACUUGGCUGCACAUUCGCUCCGUCGACAUGGAAACAGGCAAUGGCAUCGGCCGUGGCAGCGGCUUUCGUCGGUGUUACGCUCGGAUCGAGACAACAGGGGCCGAUGGCCCAGGAAGCAUUGUGGUCUUCAAGGAUGAAACACUGGCGCAGGAGUUGGGUCGCUUUGCGUUGGACAGCGCUAUUCGCGUGUACAGCUUGACGCGGCCACGCAAGCUUCCCACUCCUUUCUCCUUUGUAUUGCUUCGAGUCACAGCCAGUGCCUAUCACGAGACUGUUAUUUGUGCGGACUCGCAAGUGGAGUUGGAGCAGUGGUUUGGGCAUUGCACGGUCCUGAACCAGGCUAACUUGCAAUAG